AUGUUGACAUCCAUCUUUACUACGCUGGCACUUGGUGUGCUCCAAGCAGCCGCCUCGCCAACGCGCGCAGAACUGGCUCCGCGGGCUACACCAACUCUAUACUUGUGCGGUGACAGCACCAUGGCCAAGAACGGCGCGAACGACGGCUAUACUGAUGGCUGGGGCCAAUAUAUCAGCAAGUACCUGACCAUCAGCGUGGUCAACAACGCUAUCGGCGGCCGGUCAGCACGCUCUUACACGGAUGAAGGUCGGUUUACCUCGGUUGCCAAUUCGGUGAAGUCUGGAGACAUUGUUGUCAUUGAAUUUGGCCACAACGACGGCGGCUCACCUUCGUCGAAUGACAAUGGCCGCUCCGACUGCCCUGGUGCUGGCACCGAGACUUGCGUUUCGGACAAGACUGGCAAGACCGUAUAUACCUUCGUCUUCUACGCUGUCCAGGCGGCCAAGCUCAUGACAUCCAAGGGUGCUACAGUCAUCCUCAGCUCUCAGACGCCCAACAACUUGUGGGAGGGAGGUGUAUAUGGUUCUGGCGCACCGCGGUUCGUCGGCUACCAGAAGACAGCCGCAAGUUCCAUUGGGAGCUCAAGCGUCACAUUCGUGGACCACUUCCAAGCCGUGGCCAACAUGUACAAGAAACUCGGCAACUCUGCCACCAACGCGCUAUACCCCAAGGAUCACACGCACACAAGCCCUACCGGUGCUGAUUUGAGUGCGCAAGCAUUUGCCCAGGCCAUUGCCACCAGCAUGAACGGCACAACUAGCCUGAAGAACUACGUCAAGAGCCCGGCGCCGACGGUGUACUAA